UGCUUUCUCCAGGCUUCCACUCCAUUCGAUUCCUCCCUUCCGUUCAUUCCCUUUUCCCUCCCUUUUCUCCCCGCUUCCUACAAUAGCGUUCCCUGCUCCAGAGCAGAGCAGAGCAGAGGAGAGCUCCCCUGUUUCUUACUUGGCCAACUGCUGCUUCCUCUGCUUCCACACAACAAUCACUUCGACGUAGCACAAUCGGAGCAGGCAAAGGGUAGUGGCAGAAGCAAUGUCGGCGGAGGCGGCGGCGCCGGUGGUGGACGCGGAGUACAUGGCGGAGAUCGAGAAGGCGCGGCGGGACCUCCGUGCCCUCAUCGCCAGCAAGAGCUGCGCGCCCAUAAUGCUCCGCCUGGCAUGGCAUGACGCUGGCACUUACGACGCGAAGACGAAAACCGGAGGCCCCAAUGGUUCAGUCAGGUUUCCGGUGGAGUACAACCACGCUGCGAAUGCAGGGCUCAAGAUUGCUAUUGACUUUCUAGAGCCAAUUAAACAGAAGCACCCCAAGAUCACAUAUGCAGACCUGUAUCAGCUCGCCGGAGUUGUCGCCGUUGAAGUUACUGGUGGACCAACCAUUGAUUUUGUUCCUGGCAGGAAGGAUUCUUCAGUUUGCCCUGAGGAAGGACGUUUGCCCGACGCAAAGCAAGGUGCUUCACAUCUUAGAGACGUCUUUUCUCGCAUGGGCUUAUCUGACAAGGACAUAGUAGCACUCUCAGGGGGCCAUACUCUGGGGAGAGCGCGUCCAGAGAGGUCGGGAUUUGAUGGCGCGUGGACUAAGGAUCCGCUGAAAUUCGACAACUCAUAUUUUGUUGAGCUCCUGAAAGGGGACUCCGAAGGGCUCCUGAAGCUACCUACAGAUAAGGCUCUUGUGGAAGAUCCCGAUUUCCGUCGCUAUGUCGAAAAAUAUGCCAAGGAUGAAGACGCAUUCUUCAGGGACUACGCAGAGUCACACAAGAAGCUCUCAGAGCUGGGCUUCACACCGCCUCGCUCAUCGCUCUUGUGCAAAUCAGGGGAGAAAGCAAAGUCCUGUCUGAUGCAAGCUGCAGCUGGGGUCGCGGUUGCUGCUGCCGUUGUUGCAUGGGCAUACCUGUGUGAAUCCAACAAGAAGAUUGGCUAACUGGCUUCUGCUCAUAUUAUUACAGCAGCUCUCAUGGGAGAGUUGAAACAAAAGUACUGAAAAAUUUGGAUGUUGUGCCCUUGUAUUCGUACACGUUGGUGCUACCAUGCAUGUUAUGUUGUGAGGUGUUCAGACAAUGCAAUAAAGACUGUGUAAAGAAAAAUGAGAGAAUGAAAUAAUGGCACAUAUGUUUAUACCA